UAACACAGUGACACUCACCCGUCUUUCAAAUAGACUGAAACCCGUGUUCACAAGUCACAGCUUCAGAGGAAACUUAAAACUCAUUAAGGAAACUCAUUAUUAGGCCACAUAGUCCACUGGGAGCCACACAGGAUGGCAGCGAUGGUGUUUCAGCUGAUGGGAAUGUUUCUGGGAAUCGUGGGCUGGUGUUUGGAGUCCAGCUCCACAAACUCAGCCGUGUGGAGGACAGCUAGUCACGGGGAGGCUGUGGUGACGGCCAGCUCUCAGUUUGAAGGCCUGUGGCUGUCGUGUGCGUCUAACUCGCUCGGAGCCAUUCACUGCCAGAGAUUCAAGACCGUUCUGGGCCUUCCAGGAUAUAUCCAGGCCUGUCGAGCUCUGAUGAUAAUCGCUCUCAUUCUGGGUCUGCUGGCUGUCAUUCUGGCUGCGAUGGGACUCAAGUGCACUAAACUGGGCAGCACGUCUGAGGAGUCGAAGGGCAAGAUCAGCCUCACAGCCGGAGUCAUGUUCAUGCUGUCAGGUCUGUGUGUUAUGGUAGCCGUGUCGUGGUACGCCGCUCGAGUCGUUCAGGAGUUUAAUGAUCCUUUUUAUGGAGGAACAAAGUAUGAACUGGGCGCUGGUCUGUAUCUGGGAUGGGCGGCAGCAGCUCUGGCUAUACUGGGCGGAGCUAUCCUCUGCACUUCCUUUAAGAGCUCAAGACCUGCCAAAACACGGGGUCACAACUAUAACUACAGCGCUUCACAGCCGCAGAAGAUCUACAGAUCAGCCCCGUCAGAAAACAGCGUCUCCAAAGCUUAUGUCUGAGUGUCUUAUUUUGGCUUUCUUUUUUCUUUUUCUUUUUUGUACAUGGAUGUGUGUGUAUUUUUUUGUACUUGCAUUUUAGAAGUCAACGCAUUGAGCUUAUUUAAUUGACUUACUUUGCAUGAUUCAUCAGUGUUUGAGUUCUUAUUUCAUAAUCUAGCAUCAAAGCGUAAAAUAGCUUUCUCAGCUUAUAUGAAAAGACUUCAGUUUUCAAGUCCAAUAGAUGCCGGUGGCAUUUCAGAUGAGGAUUUCAUUCAGCUUUUACUCAAUUCUGAUAUGAAACACUCACUUUUCUCUAAGAAAAAAAGGUACAAAAGCUGUCACUGGGGCGGUACCUUUUCAAAAGGUACACUUU